AUGGGCACACCGACCACGUCCGUCGGCGCGUACAUCACCGAGUGCCAGCGUGUGCUGGCCAGCAUGGCCAGCGAGGGGAUCCACUACGAAGUGCUGCGUGUGAAUGCGCUGACCGUCAGUGGCUAUGGCACGAAUCUCGAGGGCCCCAUCUCGGCUGUGUGGCGCGCGCUCCAGCGGUGCCACGAGGCGGUGCAUGCGAUGGGCGUCGAGCGCAUCGCCACAGACAUCCGCCUCGGUACUCGCACCGAUCAUCCCGCACCGACGUCUGCGGCAUCCGCUCUCACGGAGAACCAGCGCAAGCGCGAUAGUGUCCUGCAGCGCCUCGCCGCGCCUCCGUAG